AUGCCUGUGGCCCGUAGCCUCCGUUCCCGAGGCACCAUGAAUGAGAACGAUGAGAACGGGCCUUCCACGCGUAUGACGCGGGCCAAGGCCGCCCUCAGCACUGACGGUCCUACCGAUGCUGUCAAGAAGCCUCUUCAGACUAAGCGGGCUGCUGCCACCACCGGUAUUCAGCGCCCCCGUGCCGCUCUGGGGGACGUCAGCAAUGUCAACAAGGCCGACGCUGCGGAGAUUAAGGGUGCAAAGAAGGCCGUCGCCGGCAAGGCCGGUCUGACCUCCAAGGCAACCACCCAGACUGGUGGUGUCCAAAAGCUCAGCCGCAACAACUCAUCACGUACUACUGCUUUGCAGCCUCGCGAUCCCAACCCAAAGAAGCCCGCGAACAAGCGUCCCCCGAAGGUCGAGAAGGUCGAUCAGGAGCCCCCUCGCAAGUUACCGAAGAUUGAGCCCCCGACGAAGAUCAAGGAUGAAGUUGACGAUGUCGUUGAGCCGGCUGCUGGCUUGGGUCCCGACGUGCUGGACCUGGAUACUGAGGACCUCGACGAUCCUUUGAUGGCUGCCGAAUACGUUGUGGAGAUCUUCGACUAUCUGCGCGACCUGGAGAUGACGACCCUGCCCAACCCUCAGUACAUCGAGCACCAACCUGAUCUGGAAUGGAAGAUGCGCGGAAUCCUUGUCGACUGGUUGAUUGAGGUUCACACUCGCUUCCGCCUGCUUCCCGAGACCCUGUUCCUCGCUGUCAACAUUAUCGAUCGUUUCCUCUCCGCUGAGGUUGUUGCCCUGGAUCGUCUUCAGCUUGUCGGUGUCACUGCCAUGUUCAUUGCCUCCAAAUAUGAGGAGGUCCUCUCUCCCCACGUUGCCAACUUCAGCCACGUCGCCGAUGAGACUUUCUCCGACAAGGAGAUCCUUGAUGCCGAGCGCCACGUCCUCGCCACCCUGGAGUACAACAUGAGCUUCCCAAACCCUAUGAACUUCCUGCGUCGCAUCUCCAAGGCGGAUAACUACGACAUUCAGACCCGCACCCUGGGCAAGUAUCUCAUGGAGAUCAGCCUGCUCGACCACCGUUUCAUGACCUACCCUCAGAGCCACAUCGCUGCCGCUGCCAUGUACCUGGCCCGUCUGAUUCUGGAGCGCGGCCCCUGGGAUGCCACUCUGGCUCACUACGCCGGAUACACCGAGAAGGAGAUUGAUCCCGUUUUCCGCCUGAUGAUCGACUACCUCCACCGCCCCGUCUCUCACGAAGCUUUCUUCAAGAAGUACGCCAGCAAGAAGUUCUUGAAGGCUUCCAUCCUGACCCGUCAAUGGGCCAAGAAGUAUCACCAGAUGUACAUCGAGAGCUCCACCACGGAGCCGUACACUUUCAUCAAGGACAGCGAACAGUAG